AGAGUUUUUUUUGAUGGUUGAAAAUCGGAGGGACAGACUGUGAGACUAGGCGGGGAAUUACGUUGCCGACUUCAAGUUGCUUCCCCUGCUGCGAAUGCAAUAUAGAAGAAGUCUGUGGACGAAAGUUGCAACAGAGUAGUCGGUGCUUCUUUCACCUAUGGUAUAAUGGACGAUUAAAAUAAAUAGUCUUAUUAUCGUGAGCUGGUGAGAGGGAGGGAUGAAUGCUACGGUGGUUGGACAAUUCAAGCCUAUUUACGACGUCGAAAAUAAUGAUUUUCGUGCAGCAACGGGUUACUGCUGCAUAGUGGAGUAAACCAUUACAGCGUGUCCUUUUGUCAUAUUGCAGAAUUUACCUUUAGGCGGUGUUUAUUACUUGCGUGAGACCUAUUCUGCACCAGUCAGCCAUUAGCCUAUUCCAUUUUGGGGGAAGACUGAGUCAGCCGUCUGACAGGUUAGUUUAUUAUUAUUUCAAUGCAUUGUUUUUUAGCAGGUUGACUGCAGUGCUCUCAAGCUAAUCUAUCCACAGAGAACGAAUACACGAGCACGCACGGCGUUCCAAAAAAGAACGACAGUGGUUUUAGGCGAAAUGGAGAGUGAUAAAAUGACACAUUACAGUUAAAUGCAAACUUCAAGACCAGACCAUCGGAAUCUACCAUUCAUUGAGAACAGACAUGAAGACGACCAACCAUAGGUGAUCUUUUCCGGGGUGUGUUGUUGGUGAGUUUUCAGGAGAAGAACCAAAAACAGGACUUAAAUGGUUCCAAACAAGUGGACCAUGAAUUCAGUUCUACAGCACAAGUCACCGCCAAGGAGUUGGCUUGGUCUCCGAUUACGACUCAAUGAGAAGCCCGUUCAGGAGGAGGACUGGGUGGUGUGCCAGCACGCUGAAUGCCCCGACCGUCGACGAGCCUCGAAGGUGUGCCACCACUCGGACUGCCAGGACCUGAACAACAAGAGCCCACUUCAUCUGUGUGAGUCAUGUGACUCCCGCUGCCACCUGGAAGACACAGACAACAUGCACUUUGACCGACACCCCCGCUUUGACCUGCAACCCCAAGGUUCCAUCCUGGCCCGGAACGUGUCGACGCGCUCAUGUCCCCCCCCCACCAGCCCCCCCUCUGACCUGGAGGAGGAGGACGAAGGGGCCAACAACCAAGGGGAGCGUAAAACUGGGGGUCUGAAGUUGGUGAAGAAGAAACCACGGCGACGGCACACAGAUGACCCCAGCAAGGAGUGCUUCAGCCUCAAGUUUGAUCUGAACCUGGACAUUGACACAGAGAUCGUCCCCGCUGUGAAAAAGAAGACCCUGAGGGAGGUGGUGGGCCCAGUGUUUGAGCGUAAAGGUAUUGAGUUAUCCCGGGUAGAUCUGUUCCUAGACCAGUCCAACACUCCACUGUCCCUCAACUUUGAGGCCUACCGCUUCGGGGGCCACUAUCUCAAGGUCAAAGCGCGGCCAGGUGAUGAGCUGAAGGUGGAGCAGGGAGUGAAGGACCUGCGCUCGCUCAGUCUGCCCAAUAUGAAACCCUCCUCUGGGGGUCAGAGCCCCUACAUCCUCACUGUGGGCAGCGAGAGGGUGGAGCACGGCUCUCUGGGACGCAAGGAGAGCAACGUUGACCUACUGGUCAGUGCAGCCUCUACUAAAGGUCAGGCGCGUCGCAGGAAAAACAUGACAGAGUUCCUUGGGGACGCCAGCAUCCCGUCUCCGGACUCCUUGGCCGGGCUGAGCGGCUCUCUGCCAGGCGUAGGACCUGGACCAGACAGCUGGAAGAACCGUGCAGCCAGCCGCUUCUCUGGCUUCUUCAGCUCCAACGCUGUAGCAGGAGCUUUUGGAAAGGAGGUGGACCGCAUGGAGCAGCUCCAGAAUAAGCUGCAGUCGUACACUCUUUUUGGCCUUCCCAAGGUUCCUCCUCAGCUGUCCUUCCACCAGGACUCCUGGGAAGAGGAAGAAGAGGAGACAAGCUUUGCCCUGGAGGACAGCUGGACGCAGCUACUGGACAACCCUGAGACUUUGACCAGACGCCAGUUCCAUCAGCAAGAGGCCAUCUGGGAGCUUCUGCACACUGAGGCCACCUACAUCAAGAAACUACGAGUCAUCACUGAUUUGUUCCUGUGUGGGCUGUUGAACCUGCAGGAGAGUGGUCUGCUGACAGAGGUGGAGCCAAUGCGUCUCUUCAGUAACAUCCAGGACAUCGUGCGUCUACACACUGCCCUUUGGAGCCAGGUGAUGCUGCCCGCCCUGGAGAUUGCUCGGCAGGCCAGGACCCUUCUCAACCCUGUUGACCUCCACCAUGGCUUCAGGACCUUUGGCUCCCGUUUCAAGCCCUAUAUCCGUUACUGCAUGGAGGAAGAGGCCAGCCUGGAGUACAUGAGAUCACUACACAGGGACAACGAGCUUUUCAGGAUCUACGUCACGUGGGCUGAGACUCAUAAGCAGUGUAACCGGCUGAAGCUGGCUGACAUGCUGGCCAAGCCCCACCAGAGACUCACCAAGUACCCCCUACUGCUGAAGGCUGUCCUCAAGAAGACUGACGACUCAUCAUCCCGCGAUGCCGUCAGCAGCAUGGUGGCGUGUGUGGAGGGCUUCAUCAACAGUGUGGACUCUCAGAUGCGUCAGCGGGAGGAGCGGCAAAAGCUAGCCACCAUCUCUGGACGCAUUGACUCCUACGAAGCAGUGGAGGGGAGCAGCGAGGAGGUGGAGAAGAUCCUGCGUGAGUUUAACUGCUUUGACCUGAUGGCUCCUAUGAGAGGCACAUCACCAGAGGAGACCAGACAGCUCCAUCUAGAGGGGGCACUGCGCAUGAAGGAGGGCAAAGAUAGCAGGAUGGACGUCUACUGCUUCCUCUUCACGGACCUGCUGCUCAUCACCAAGCCAGUGAAGAGGGUUGAGAAGGUCAAGGUGAUCAGACAGCCACUCCUCAUCCACAAUGUUGUCUGCAAGGAACUCAAGGACCCUGGGUCCUUAAUUAUCAUCUACCUCAAUGAGUUCAAGAGUGCCGUGGCAGCCUACACAUUCCAGGCUAACAGCGCCACCCAGGGGCGAAGCUGGGUAGAUGCCAUCUGCAACGUCCAGAACCAGCUCGAGAGACUGCGGACUGAGGAGGUUCUCAGGCAGCAGACCACCUUACAGCACCGGCUACAUGGAGAGGAGGAGGAGGUAGACGAGAGUAGCAACUCCACCGCCAGCUCUCCCGGCACAAGGCACAAAGACGAGCAGGGACCAAGUCAUUCGGACGGCUCCACAGAGACCCUGUCAGUCAUGGACAUAGGAGAAGACUUAGGAGGGCUCCCAGACCCCUCCGCCCCACACACAGACACAGGCGGACCUUUAGAGAAAAGCCCAGACUCAUGCAUAGUUACCCCACCUACUGGGCCUGAGCCCCUGCACUGCCACCCUGCUAGCCCCCUGGACCCAGACCGGAACCUUGAGCAGGAGGGGGGUCUGGAGGGAGGGGAGGGUCAGCUGGAACCUCAGUGUCGCUCUCUGUCCAUGGACAGUGCCUACGGUACCCUCUCCCCAGAGUCCCUCCUGAGAGAGCUGGACCUGCAGACACGGCCAGGCCAGAGCGAUGGAGAGGAGACCGAAGAGGAGGGAGAGGUGGAGAGCCACGAGGUGGGUGUGAAGUUGGACAAGAAGGUGGAAAUGGAACUGGUAGAGGAAGGAGGAGAGGAGGACGAUUCAACCUCUGUUUGUUCUCAGCUGUCAGUGGUUCAGUCUCUGAAGCCUCGGCGACGCCCCCCGGUGACGGCACGCCUCCACUGCUUCCAGAGCCUAAACAUCAAGUCCCGCUCAGAGGACAACCUCCUACAGCUUUUCCACGACAAUGUCUCUGUCUCCCGGAUACACACCCGCAGCCCUACAGCCCAGGACCAAUCAGAACGCAGGAGAGAACAGGCGGAAUGCCUGGCCCAUAGUAAGAGCCUAUCAGAACUUGGCCGAGCCCGUGACCUCACAGGGCUGUUUCAGAUUGACCUAGACUCAGAACAGACUGAAGAUGACUUCCUCACCCUGAGCAUGCCCUCUAGUAAGCUAUGUGACACCCUGAGGAGGGCAGAGGCCCGCAAGAGGGCUCUGGGUGCAGCUGAGGCCUGCGAAGGCAGCAGGAGCCUGGCCAACAGUAGUGGCUCGGCGGUGGCGCCAUCUGGAGGACAGGAAGGGAAGUGCAGUAAGUCGUUGACAACCGGUGGCCCAGAGGAGCAGUCAUUGGCCAAAAGCAGAAAGUCCCCGGCCCAGCAGCACAAGAAGCUGACCCUAGCCCAGCUCUAUAGGAUACGCACCACCUUAGUGCUCAACUCUACGCUCACCGCAUCGGAGGUGUAACCACUGGCAGACAACCAACCAACUAGUGACACCUGAGCAUGAAGAGGAACCACACUUGGUGGUGUCUGCAGGAGGGACUGAAUUCCUUACACAAAUGCACUCUCUGAUGCCUUUUCCCUUUACAUUGCCUGUGGGCAGUGUCUGCUGCAAGGUUUUGCUAUCUGACAAUAAGAAUUAUUCGCUGUUGCAUUUGGUUUCAGUUUAUUGCGAGGGGAAAGGCGAGAGACAUUAAAUGCUUGCACUUUGAAACGAACGGACAUAGCAUUGAGGGCUGAGGCUGGACCUUUGGGUGGACUGGACAGUUACUGUGGUGGUAACAUUCUACCGACCUACCCAAAAGAAGAGACUGUAAGAGGUCGUCCAGCAUAGAUCUACCUGCUUCUCUCUGCUAUGGACCGGACUGGAUCAGAGAAGAUGUAGGAAAGGCUUGGGUGGCCCAAAAACGCUUAACUCUUAAGUUAUGAAAGAAAAGUGCACAGUUCCCGAAAUAUACCUGCUCUCUCAGAAUGUGGUUGAAAAUACCGGCUCUCUAGAAUGUGGUUGAAAAUACGCUCUCUAGAAUGUGGUUGAAUAACCGGCUCUCUAGAAUGUGGUUGAAAAUACCGCU